AUGGAGCUGGAGACAUAUCUGCAGGCUACAGCUGGGAUGGAGCUGGAGACAUUUUUGCAGGCGGCAGCUGGGAUGGAGCUGGAGACAUUUCUGCAGGCGGCAGCUGGGAUGGAGCUGGAGACAUUUCUGCAGGCUGCAGCUGGGAUGGAGCUGGAGACAUUACUGCAGGCUGCAGCUGGGAUGGAGCUGGAGACAUUUCUGCAGGCGGCAGCUGGGAUGGAGCUGGAGACAUUUCUGCAGGCGGCAGCUGGGAUGGAGCUGGAGACAUUUCUGCAGGCGGCAGCUGGGAUGGAGCUGGAGACAUUUCUGCAGGCGGCAGCUGGGAUGGAGCUGGAGACAUUUCUGCAGGCGGCAGCUGGGAUGGAGCUGGAGACAUUUCUGCAGGCGGCAGCUGGGAUGGAGCUGGAGACAUUUCUGCAGGCGGCAGCUGGGAUGGAGCUGGAGACAUUUCUGCUGGAAUGGAGCUGGAGAAUUCGUUGGGGCCUAUAUUCCUGGGGGACAUCCUCCCAUAGGGAUCAGCCUGCCAGCACCAGGGAGGUGACAGGUUUUGUAGGCUGUAUCAGGGAGCUGCAGGUCAACAAUAAGGACAUCUACAUAGCAGGAGAGGCACUGGGAGGGAGGAACAUCCACAACUGUGACACACCUGUCUGUCAGCACCUGCCCUGCCGCAAUGGAGGCACCUGUGUCAGUGAUGCAGAGGACUGGUUCUGUGAGUGCCCUCCUCUCUACUCUGGUCGGCUCUGCCAGUUCACAGCCUGUGAGUGGAGCCCCUGUGGUCACGGAGCCACCUGUAUCCCCAAGUCCCACCAGGAAGCUGUGUGUCUCUGCCCUUACGGAAGACAGGGCCUGCUGUGUGAUGAUGCCAUCAACAUCACCCGGGCCAGGUUCAGUGGGAAUGAUGAGUUUGGGUACACAUCGUUCAUAGCGUACUCCUCCAUCCCCAGUCUCAGUGUCUACUACGAGUUCCAACUGAAACUAACGUUCGCCGACAGAGCCUCAGCUCUGAAGGACAACCUCAUCCUCUUCUCUGGACAGAAAGGACAGGGCAUUGAUGGAGAUGACUUCCUAGUUCUGGGGGUUCGGAAUGGCAGAAUUGUUCACAAGUUCAACCUUGGAUCUGGUGUGGGAACCAUGGUCAGCGACCGGCUGAACCGUGAGAUCGAUAUCCAUACUGUGAACUUUGGCAGAUCUAAGAGAACAGGAUGGUUAAAGACUGCUAUAUUAGGAGUCUUCUCUUUGCUGAUCCAUUGA